CGAAACCUCGGACGAAAGCCGAAGCUUCGAUCCGAACCCCGGCGGACGCCAUGGGCGGCGGGAUCUCCUCUGAAGCCGUGGACGCGGAGGCGGAGCCGCUGAGAAAGCUGCUGGAAAGUGAUCGGGGCGAGGGCAGCUCCUCCUCCUCCUCCUCGCGUGAGGAGUAUUGGCUGAAAGAGGAGCUGGCCAGGUUGAGGGAGCGCGAACACAAGCUCAGCCACGAGAAGCACUACUGGCGCACCUACGCGCGUCAGCUGGAGCAGGAGAAGAGCGAGCUGGUGAAGACGCACUUCUUUGGUGCCAUUCGCCUUGAGUCCCGCUUGACCAGCCACAAGGAAGAGGUCUAUGAGCCCCACAGCUACAGCCAGGACUACAAGUGGUACAAGACCAGCUGCCCCUGCUGCCGCCGGCCUGUGGAAGUGACUGUGACCUCCCUGAGCCGUUGGCAGCCCCGGCGCGCUCGGGGCCGGCGCGCCUUCGUGGUGGUACUGUGGGGCGCCAACGCGGGCUACGCCUUGGGCGCGCUGGUGCUGGGGCUGCGCUUGAAGGAGCUGUCGCCCUACAUCGAGAGGGUGAUGCUACACACGGAUGACGUGCCGCGGAACUACUUGGAGGCCUUGGGUGAGUUUUGGCAGCUCAAGGAGGUGGACUAUAUUGAUGGGGUGGAGGACUUGUACGUGGGCAAGGGCAACAUCUUCGACGGCGUCUUCACCAAACUGGGUGCGUGGACGCUGGAGGAGUUCGAGAAGGUGCUUCUCCUCGAUUUGGACAUCAUACCGCUGCGGGCCAUGGACGAGCUCUUCGAGCUGCCCUGCCCUGCGGCGAUGGUGCGUGGCCAGGGCGAAACUGAGCAUGGCGAGAGAGUGGAUGGGCGCCGCUUUUUUGGCGGUGAAGAUGAGAAGGACUAUCCCUGGGGGCAAACGGGCGGCAUCAAUGCUGGGGUCAUUCUGCUUCAGCCGGAUGGCGAUGUGUUCAAGCAGAUGCACAAAGAGGUGACCUGCAAGAACCACCCCUGCCACAUCGCCGGGAAUGGGCCGGAGCAGGACUACCUGUCCCGUUUCUUCGCGGCCAGCGACACGCCCUGGCAUCAGAUCAGCGUGGCAUGGAACUAUCAGCUGCACCAAUCUCUCUUUGCCAUCGAGCGCGCGGUCCACUGGAAACGAUUUGUGCUAUCCUCCGACAAGGAGUUCUCCCAUGCAGACCGCACCUGGCUGCCCUUGAGGAUGCGCAUAGGCCUCGAGGAGAUCGGAGUGGUGCACUUCAGCGGCGAAGUGAAGCUGUGGCAUUUGCUGCUCAAGACGGCGCCGUCGGACGACCGGCGCCGCAACGUCAGCCACGAAGCGGCCAGCGAGUGGACUGACGAAGGCUUCGCCGAGUACCUUCUGUCGAUUCAACGUGGUCAUGCGCUGUGGGUGGCCCGCACUGCUCCGGAGGAGGAGUACCAGGAGCACGGCUGCGUGGUCAAGAACGGCAGGGUCUUCGUGGCGGACCAGGAUGUGACGAGGGAUGUGGAUUGGAUGGUGGAACAAGUGAAGCAGGUGGCGACCCGGGCAACCCAGGUGUGGCGCAAGUGCGCCGAAAGCCUGUUGGGGGUGCGGCCCGACGUGGUUGAGCAGCUGCAGAGGCCGCAAGUGCCAGAAGGAUGCUUGGAGCUGGGCACCGGUGUGGAGGUGAGCUACACCAUGCCAGGCCGAUUUCCUUUGACCCGGAUGAUGCGGGCCCAGGUGCAGGGAGUUCACGCGAAUGGCAAGUAUGUGGUGCGCUAUGAGAGGGGGGGCGAGUGGGGCGACACGGAGCGGCAGGUUUGCCCGAGCCGAGUCCGGGCUUUGGAGAAGCUGAACGGUGAUCCUUCCAAGGCAACAGCUGAAAGCUGAUUGUCCUUGAGCUCGAGCGCUCGGUUGGGCGCCUCGCCUUAUGGAGCUUCAGCUGCUUCUGCCUGAGGCUUUUCCCGCUUCCCCAGGCGCGAAGUUGAGAUUCGGCACGGAGACACCGGAAUGGCCGCGUGCGCCAUUUCAAGGGUCGAGAGCGGAGUGAAGCCAUUUCCGGAGGCCUUCUGUGACCUUCCAGGUUCGCCUGAGGGAGUGUACCUGGCUUUGUUUGUUGGGGGGGAAGC